AUGUCCCUCGUCAUCAUCGGCGGAGGCAUCAUCGGCCUCUCGACAGCCUACUACGCCUCCCAGUCCGGCCAGAAGGUGAUCAUCAUCGACUCCGCGUCGCAACUGCUCCUCUCCGCCUCGGGGUUCUCAGGCGGCUUCCUCGCCCGAGACUGGUUCGCCCCGGACGUGCUCCCCCUCGCCGAGCUGUCCUUCCGUCUGCACCGCGAGCUGGCCGAGGCGCACGACGGCGCCACCAAAUGGGGGUACCGUGCCAGUCGGUCGUUCAGCCUGGUGAAUCAAAACGGCACGACCGUCAGAGGCGAGGACUGGCUGCGGCAAGGGUCCAGUAGGGCCAAUGCCUCGAAACAGACCCUCCAGAGCAAUCGGGCUCCGCCCUCCAUCUCCUGGAUGGAUCUCCCCUCGGGAAUGAACCUCGAGUCUAUCUCUGAGGACGGCGAUUGCGCACAGGUCGACCCGCGCGCGCUGUGCGAGUGGUUGAUCCAGCAGUGUGAACGGAACGGCGUGAAAAUCCACCUCAGCACAAAGCCCACGCGGCUGGUCUCGAAAAAUGACGGUGGUGCUGGUGAUCGGUUCUCUGCUCUCGAGUGCGUAGACGGUCAAGGCAACACCGUGAUCAUCCCUUGUGCAGACAUUGUCAUUGCCGCGGGGGCUUGGACACCCCGUGUGUUCCAGACCUUAUUGCAUCGCGCUCUGUCGCCCGAUAUCACCAGUCUGGCAGGCCACAGCGUCGUCUUGCAUUCGCCCGUCUACACGGCCCCAACCGAGGGGGUCCAUGCCGUCUUCUGCUCGCCGGGCGAGCACUGGUCCUUUGCCCCAGAGCUGUUCAGCCGCGUCGAUGGCGACAAGAAUGGCGCCGAGAUAUUCGUCGGCGGAAAGAACAGUGCAACCAUGCCCCUGCCCGAGUCGGCGGACCAUGUCGCCUCUCACCGCGACGAGAAGCAGUCUCGCGAAAUCCGGGAGACGGCGCUACGGAUCUUGGCCGGCACUGCAGAGGUCGUCCGCGAGAGUCUCUGUUUCCGACCGAUCUCCUCGUCGGGCAAGCCCAUCGUCACAGCCGUUGAGGGCGUUAGAAGCCAAGAUGGAAGGCUCUAUGUCGCCAGUGGCCAUGGGCCGUGGGGUAUCUCCAUGUCGUUGGGGACAGGAUAUACAGUGGCCGACAUGAUCAAGAAGAGAAGAGUAAAAACUAGCCGUAUAUAG